CUCUAGGGUGGCGGCGGCAUGAGGCGGUUACGCUGGCAGGUGGUGGCUGUGGCGACAGUGGGCCUCGCGCUGGUCCUGGAGGCGCUGCCUUCGGCGCUGCUCUGGUUACGGGCCUGGCGGCUGCGGCGGCAGCGGCGGCCACAGCGCGAAGUGCUCUUCUUCCCGUCGCAGGUGACCUGCACCGAGGCCCUGCUGCAGGCCGCGGACGCGGGGCCGUCGGCGCCCCUCACGGGCUGCGGGUGCAGCCUGCCCCACACCGAGAGCUCGUUGAGCCGCCUGCUGCGCGCCCUGCUGGCCGCCCGAGCCAGCCUCGAGCUCUGCCUCUUCGCCUUCUCUAGCCCGCAGCUGGGCCGGGCAGUGCAGCUGCUGCAUCAGCGAGGGGUGCGCGUCCGGGUCAUCACCGACUGUGACUACAUGGCCCUCAACGGCUCGCAGAUCGGCCUGCUCCGCAAGGCAGGUAUCCAGGUCCGGCACGACCAGGACCUCGGCUACAUGCACCACAAGUUCGCCGUGGUGGACAGGAAGGUGCUCAUCACCGGCUCCCUCAACUGGACCACGCAGGCCAUUCAGAACAACAGGGAGAACGUGCUCAUUAUGGAGGACGCCGACUACGUCAGGCUCUUUCUGGGAGAAUUUGAGCGUAUUUGGGACGAGUUUAACCCUACAAAGUACACUUUUUUCCCACAAAAGAAGAGAGGUCACUGAAGCCAUGCUCUCACCUCUGUCUUCAGAGUUGGAGGGGACAGAGGUGUCACACCACUUUGGUACCUCUGGUUUUGAAAUGAGAUCAAACCUGCAAAGGAUGGGACCUAAGCGUGGGUCCCCGGAGGCACUGCGAGUUACGGUGCAGAGUCUGUGUCCUGCUUGAGAGAAACCUCAACAUUAGGCAAAAUACCAUCCAAACUAAAUUCUCAUCCAUUCACAUGCUGACGUGAACCGAAGAGUGCUCAGUGUUAAAAAGCACAGGGGAAUUCCUGUAACGUUAGGUCACUUGUUUUGGACGAGUUUUGAGGUUUUCUGGCCCCCGUCAGCAAAUGCAGCUUCUUCUAAGUGUGCGCUCAGGAACCUUGCCGAGUGCCGUGGUGCAGAUGCAAGGGUUCCUCCAGCCACACAGAAAAGGUGCGUUGCCUCUUGUAGGGUCCCACAGCUGAUCCCCUUUCCUGGUCUAGAGAAUCUCCUUCUCUCUGGCCAGCCCCUCAGGUCAGCCCUUCAGGUAUCUCCUGCAGGCUCCCUUUGUCCCUUUGGACCGGCCCAGUCCCCAGCCAGCACAGCUGAACCCUGGGAUUGGCUAGAGGUUGAGUCUCGUCGUCCCUGCUGACCAGCUCCUGGGUAGCCUCCUGGCAGGUCCCAGUCAGGAAGGAAAACGGGUGAGAGAGGAGAGCUGGGCAGUGGGAGCAGGGGCUGCCUUCAGGCCCCUCCUGAGCACUGGCUGUCACUGCCGCAGGUGGGCCAUCCUCUUACCGGUGUUCUUGCAUAAUUACUCUUUAAACAAGUGCACGUGAAAAUGUCCAUCCUGGCACCUUCCCUUAUUUUCAUGUGGUUACAUGUGUGGUCUGUCAGGACGGACUGAGCGGGCAGAAGCUGCUUCUGUUUCCAUGUUAAGCUUUUCAUUUUUAACAUUCUCACACCCAAGGUAUUUUGUUGUGUUUAGCAGUGGUCUUCAUGUUACCACCUUUGAACUUCGCUAAUUCUCAUUUGGCUCCAUGUCAUUAGCCACGAGUUACCUGACCAUCUGGAGGACUAAACUGGAGGACAGACCAGUUUCCCGCUGUGGUACCUUAACGAUCUAUUUUCAUUCUCAGCUCAGGGUUUUGCAUCCAUAGGUAACAGGAGAACAGGUAUCUCAUAUACAUUUGUGAAAUGUUCCAAAUUAUUUUCUUCAGAACAUGUAUCUUUAUAUAUAGAUAGCUCAAAUAACAUCUGAAUGAUUAUUUUACCAUCUUGUAUUUCUGUAUGAUAAGUAAUACAUAAUAUGUAAGCAUAUGUAACGUGCUUGUCACCUGUCCUGGUGUCUGUUUGGUGUAUGUGGGUUUCCCCUCCCCCAUCACGGUCAUGUAGCUCAGCGUUGCAUAUUUUUCCAUUUUUAAAGUUACCCUUGACUUACGGUGUUAGGCAAAUAAACUCAAGGUUAAUUUUUCUUGUUUAAUUGAAGCUAUAAAGUAUAAUAUGUGGAUCAGAAAUCACAAGAAGUGGUUUUACAUUAAAUGUGUUUUUUCAUCUGAGUCUGUUCUCCAGCAAAGUAUGUUCUGAAAAGAAAAUGGGAGAAGUUGUAGAAUGUCUCCUGAACGAUGAUGCUGUGUUGUCUGGACUUCCCACACAUUUGAAUAAAUAUGUUCUUA